GAGUGUUAACACGGACGGAGCUCUGCUAGGCUCCACAUUCAUAUCUCUGACCGAGAGCUGUCGUGUUAGCUCGUUCUGUGGACCACUAAUGUGACAGGACGCGUGAAAGGCACACUUCAUGCCCUUAAUGUGUGUCUGUUAGCUAUGUUUAAACAAGCUCGCACGCUAUGAGAAGUAUUCGGUGGUCCCUUUGAGAGGCUUUUCCUUUCAGUCACACCGCUGAACUUAUGUUGGUGUCAUGUGAUACCGAGGCAUCUAAAAAACAACAGUGAGAAAACUGCAACCAACGGUAACAGUCCCUAUGGAUUAACCUGACGACUGUAUCAACGGUUGUGUGCAGCAGACAGUCGCUGGUUCCGGUCCGUGAGAGGAAGAAGAGCAGCGAUCGGCCAACACUGCAGUUUGUCUUCGUCACACUCAGCUACAGACUUGAAGUCUUUGCCCCUCAGGGUCCACGAUGUCUAAGAAGCUGCUGGUGGAUGUUGACUGCGGGGUGGACGAUGCUCAAGCCAUCAUGCUGGCGCUGGCCGCCCCCAACACGAAGCUCCUGGGCAUCACCUGCGUGCACGGAAACACCACGGUGGAGAACGUGUGUAAGAAUACACUGAGAGUCCUGCAGGCCUGCAAUAAACUGGAGAUUCCCGUGUUUAAAGGUGCUGAUAAGCCCGUCCUUGGGAACCGCGUCGAUGCGGGACACUUCCACGGGCUGGAUGGGCUGGGAGACGCUCCUGACCCCAACGCUCCAGGUCUGGACCUGGUUCAGAAGGAGGGCGCUGUGUCAGCUAUGAUCAGGAUUGUCAAUGAGAACCCAGGCGAGGUAUCUCUGGUUGCCACAGCACCCCUUACCAACCUGGCUCUGGCUGUGAGGAUAGAUCCGUCGCUUCCGAGCAAACUCAGAGGGCUCUACAUAAUGGGAGGCAACACGGAAUCGCGAGGAAACAUCACAGUGUGUGGCGAGUUCAAUUUUACAGCUGAUCCAGAGGCUGCGUUCAUUGUACUGAAUGAGUACCAGUGUCCUACAUACUUGGCCUGCUGGGAGUUCACCUGCUACAGCAAGCUGUCCUGGGAGUUUUGUGACGCCUGGUUGGCGCAGGACACCGAUAAAGCUCGCUUCAUGGCACGGAUCUUCCGCUACAGCAUGGAGGCAUCGAAAUCAGAGCGCUUCGAGAAAGAGUUUGUCGGUGGCUCCGGUUUUGUGUCCUGUGAUUCGUAUGCCAUGGCAGCGGCUGUAGAUGAUUCAUUCAUCACAGAAAGUGACCAACAACCAGUGAGCGUGGAGCUGACGGGCACACACACCAGAGGCAUGAUGGUAGUAGACACCGUGGGCUUCCUGAAGAAGGCUCACAAGGCGUUUAUCAUUAAGAAGGUGGAUAUGAAGAUGUUCGAGCAGAUGAUGAUGGCUGCUUUAAAAUAAUAUAAGCUAAUAAAAAAUAAUAAGGUUUUCUGUUGA